GAUACGAGCCAACAGCGCACACUGCCACCCGCUGUAUCGGAGGAAAUACUAAGUUGAAAAUGUUCCUGGUGUUAUAUUUUACUCACAAACAUUGCAACUCUUUCAUUGAGUUGCAGCACAAACUAAUGCACAGUGAGGAAAAGGGGAUACAAAUGAUGGAUAAGUUAAUAGUGUAACUGUCAAAGUUACAUUUAGUUGGUCGUACCAGUGGCUGCCCAGGCCUCUAUCAGAGUCUGAGAAUCCCAGCUGCUCACUCCAUGUAGUUCUCCAGUGACCUACUUUUAGUAAAGCAAGAUGGUCUAUUUGUGUGUGGUACCUGCUUCAACCCGAUGCAGAGGGUCGAUAUGAUGCUCUGUCACUCAGCGGAGACUCUCAGUAAAGUUAAGACCGCAGAUGGUGUUUGUCUGAAUCUUGGUAAAUCAGAGAGAGGAAGAAGAAGAGGAAGAGGAAUAGAGCGAGAGUGAGAGCGAGAGAGGGAGCAUUAUCCCCUAUUGGUCUGGCAUGGUUUGCUGGCCCAGAAUCUAUAAGUGACAACUGAGCAGGAAAACAGUGGAAGCAGAUCAGAAUCCAGUGACACAGUGGAGGAUCAGGAUCUACCAUGAAGACACUAUGAGGAUCAGACCACAGCUCCCUAUCCUGGCCUCCUCUGUCGUCAGUCUGUACUUUCUGGAGCUGACAGAUAUUUUCCAACCGGUGCAUUCUGGGUACAGUUGUAAUGACCGCAGUCUGUCUCUGCCCUACAUCCUGCCUAGACAGGAAGUCUGCCCGCUACCUCUGCUCUUCAGUUUGGCCUUCGCUGCUCCCACCGUCACUAUUCUGAUCGGAGAGGCCAUUCUGUACUGCUAUCUGUCCAGGAGGUCGUCAGCCACACAGACCGAAGCCAACAUCAACGCUGCAGGCUGUAAUUUCAACUCCUACAUCCGCAGGGCUGUGCGCUUCAUAGGUGUCCACAUCUUUGGCCUGUGUGUGACAGCACUGAUAACUGACAUCCUCCAGCUGUCCACCGGUCAACACACCCCCUACUGGCUGGAUGUGUGCAAACCCAACCUGACCCACAUCAACAUGUCCAGCUGCGAUGAAGCUUUUAUUCUUGAGGAUAUCUGCUCCGGACAAGACAUGGGCCUCAUCAAUGCUGGGAGGAAGUCUUUCCCCUCCCAGCAUGCAACUCUGGCUGCCUUUGCUGCUGUCUACAUCUCAAUGUACUUCAACACGGUGCUGACGGACUCGGCCAAGCUGCUGAAGCCUCUCCUGGUGUUCUCCUUCGUCAUGUUGGCCAUCCUGGCCGGGCUGACCAGGAUCAUCCAGUUCAGGAACCACCCUGUGGAUGUGUACUGCGGAUGGUUACUGGGAGCCGCCAUCGCUGUUUAUCUGGGUGUGUAUGCAGUGGGGAAUUUCCAGCCUAGUGAAGAUCGGUCUAGAAGUCGACCAUCUCCCCCCAUCCUGAGAGAGCCCCCCCUCUCCUCCCUGCCCAAUGUCAGCCAAGCAGCAGUUAGCAACAGCCACCAAGUUCCAGUUCCAGUCACACUGUUCCAGCAGCGCAGGGACUUUGAACAAGGCCACCACACCCUGGCUCCGAGCCAACCGGAGCCCAUUAUCACCAGGACCUCCUCCCACGUCUUGUCCCCUGACCAGACGGGGCCCAUCCUGACACGGAGCUCCUCCUACCGAGAGCCCUCUCUCACCAACCUGAAGAGAGCUAGUGCUGAGGUGGAGGUGAUAACUCCAUCUAGUCCCCUAGGCAACCGUGACAACAUGAUGACCUUCAGCAGCAGCACGCUGCCAAGGUCCCACGGAGGCUCCUCAUUGGACGAGGGUCGCAUUCCUCGGCGUCACGCCUCCAUCCACGCCUCGAUGGACUCCACUCGAUCCAAGCAGCUGCUCAGCCAGUGGAAGAAUAAGAACGACAACAGGAAGCUGUCCCUGCAGGUGAUGGAUGGAAUAAGACCAGCCUCCUCCUCUUCUCCCCAGAGGAACAUGGAGCUGCGCUGCUCCUCCGAACCGUCCGCCAUGGGCUUGGAGGCGGAGCUCCGCGGUGGAAUUCACCCGCCUUCAAUGAGUGCCCAGGAGGCAGAGCUGCGUGCCGGGGCCCACAUCCCGGCUCAAUACAUGAAGCUAGCAGCUAGCUCUGUUCCUAUGGCCAAUCAUAAUCACAUGGCUCAUAAUGGCAGCACUGGAUUGGCUGGCGGGGCCAGAGUGUCUAUCCAAUCCCGGCCAGGAUCCUCCCAGCUGGUUCAUAUCCCUGAGGAGGAGAACCCCACCAGCAAGGACCAGGAGAGUGAGUCAGAGGACAGCAUUAUGGACGGGGGUGGGUCAGUGAGGGAGAAGUGGCUGAGAGUGGCUGAGAAGACCACCAUCCCCUGCAGACCCCUCAGUGCUGGAGGACAGCCGCGGCUCAUGCAGGUUAUAGCCUUAUCCAAACAGCAGGGUCUGCUUUACUCCCCCCGCUCGGAGGACGGCGGCAGCACUGUCAGCUGCACUGGAUCCAUCAGAUACCGAGCCCUGAUGGACCAGGACCCAUCGCCACCCGCUUCCACCACCGGAGCUGUGGGAGGAGGAGGAGGUUUGGAGAGAACUGGCAGUAUAGUCCGUGUUGAAGCCCACCCAGAGUCCAGAUCCAACAAGCCAGUGGUGAAACCUCCCAGCACUGACGGCAGUGGCUCCUGGCGAUGGAAACCUCCGGAGCAACGACCGUCUCUGCGACAGUCGGCCUUCACCCUCAACGACCUGAACAGACACACGGACAGCUGUGAUUCGCUGAGGGAUGGGGGGUCAGUGGAUGGACGGAGGAGUGUGACAGGGACUGAAACUGAGAGUGAAGGGGGAGGAGAUGGAGGGAUGGGAGGAAUGGGGGGAGGAGGAGGUGUAUAUACAAACCACCCACAUGUUGUACACCCUGUGCACCCCUUACAUCCAAAUAACCCCAACAACUUCCAGCACCCCAACUUUUAUCCCAACAACCCCAAUAUCCCCAACUUUAACAACGCUCACCCCAACUAUAACCCCAUUUCAAGCAACUCCAACAUGCCAUUCACCCCCACUGCCACCUUUGCCCCUCCUUUCCACCCCCACCCUCAGGCGAUCACCACGAUCAGGGUCACCCCGGUGGAAGGGACAGCUGCCAGCAGCGACGGCGGCUCCGACUGCCAGUCUGUGGCGUCGUCAAGCCGGGAGUCCACCCUGAGGAGGAAGAGCGGCUCCAACAUGGUACACAUCCCCGAUCGAGGGCCCACACCGGACCUCCAUAACAACCACCGCAUCUGUGACGACAGCAACCUCGACAACGAGAGCAGCAGCCGCUUCCAUGAAAACCUGAGAAAUUUUCAAGAACACCCCAUCCACCCCAGCCACCCCAACCACCCCAACAGGCAGCUGCAGGGGAUGUAUGGCCGUCCCGGCCCUACCCCUCCCCCUACCUUACCCCGCCCCAUCCUGACUCACACUCCACCUCCUACUCUGGGGUUGGCCUAUAAAGAAUGACACGCUCCGUACUGAGUUCAUCGAUCUACACCCAUGAUAACACCCAUGAUAAAAAUUUGUCCUACUCGACCAAUACAAAACAAUGCAGUGGAGAAGUCUGGACUGGAAAUUGUGUUAAAGCUGUUCCCCACCCAGGGUCGGCCAAAAACUCCUUAGUCCCACCCACAACCUCUCACCUAGCCAGUCAGAGCGCUCUAAAUGGCCAACUGUGUUCCUGCCAGCUCUCCAGCUGGUUUAGUACCAAACUGAAUAAGUGUUGUGUCUUGGAGAUGUACUGUAGGCUUAUAAAAACCUAUGGCAAUAGGUCAAGAUCCACUUUGGUUCACAAGCCAUAGAAAGUACAAACACAAUUAGUCCAGCAGGGCAAUAAGAAAGGACUAUAGUCCAGGAGCGAGUUUGAUUCAACAUUUUUCCUGUUUUUUUAUUUAUUUAUUUAUUUAUGUUGGACUGCUGGAUAAAGCAGCAGACAGUUUUUUGUAUAUGUAAAAAAUCGAGUGCCCUUCUUCACGGGCACGAGGAUAACGGGCUAAAUAAACUGCUGAUCCUUUGACACGCUCAGAAGUGGAGACUCCAGCCUCCUCAGUCUGCCCCUCAGCUCCCUGCCAGUGAGGAUGGAUUCAGCUUAAUGACUGUGCUCCCCUUCUCCUCUGACCCCAGGUCAGCCACGAACGGGAUUACAUUUCUAUCACUAACAUUCUACAUAUAUUCUCAGCUCUCAUCCUGUUGUCCAACACAGGUAACGUAUUGUUAUAUAAACUUUUCUAGUGUAACCACAUGCCAUUAGAUGGAAACUGCAUUCAAAGCCCAUAACUGUGCUGUGUUUGUACAUAUGAGAGUGGAAAUGAAACCCACAGUCUUAAUUGUGUCUGGGCUAUAAGGGGCAAUAACAGUAUCUCUUAUUUUCAUGGUGGUAAUGUGUUUGUGUUGGGACAUACAUUGUGCUUCAAUAUGCUACAACAAGCGCUCUAUUUCUAACAUGCUGUGUUUUAAUGAUGUGCAGUAAUCCAAUGAUCCUUACUGUGUAGUAGCUGUGCUGUACACUGACACAUGCAGCAUGUGAGUCAUAUGAAAGUUUUCGGUUUAUUUCACCAGCUCAUCUUGUCUCACAGAAGUAUGGGUGUAAUUCUGACGCAGUAUUCAGGCCACUGUUGAGAAAAAAAAUCGAAUCUAAUAUUUCAGGAAUACAGUUGAGAUAUUUUGAGAAAAAAAAAUUGCUGUUAUCAGGUAAAGCAGCUGAACAAGUUCAUAUUAUUUGAUGAGAAUAGUUGCAACAUUACAAAAAGGGCAAAAUAUUAGAUCAUAAAAUGUUUUUUAUCAAUAAAGGUAAAAUAUUACAGCUGUUUGCCUGAUAUGUGAUAGACUGGUGACCCGUGCAUCACCUGUAACCUGCCUGUCGCCAAACGUCAGAGCUUGGUUCCAGCUACUCGAAGCAUAUGGCAUGGAAGUAUGGAAGGACAAUAUUACAAGAAUAUAGACAUCAUUUUACACAGUACACAGAGAAAGUUUCCAUUUUGAAGAAGGAAAAAUAUGAAACAAAUAACAGAUAGUAAAGUGUAAUUUUUACAAUACAGUAUACUAUUAUAUGUUCAAAAAGUAAUAAGUUAAAUAUUACAAGAAUAAAGUGUAAUUUUACAAGAAUUUAUAAUGCAAUAGCUUUUUUUAUUUGUGUGAUUUAAGGAAGGAAGGAAGCAUCACAUCUUUCCAAAAAGAUGCUAUAAUAUUACAGAUAAUAUAAUCUUACAAGAAAAAAGUCAAAGCGUCGCAAGAAAAAAGAAUUAAGUUAUAGUUAAGAAAGAAAGUCAUCCCAUUUCAAGAAAAAAUCAUUAUGAAAAAACAGUAUUUCAAGAAAUGCUAGAAAUGUUUUGAGAACAACAAAAUGUUCAGUCUAGUAUCUUUAUUUUUUCUAAAUUCUCUGAUAAUAAGAUGCAUAUUUUUAUCAUCUGCUCCUCAAUGACCCUCACAUAUUUAAGGUUAGGAACCAGAAGUCGGUUCAAAAUCGGAAGCAGUUCCAAAAUGAAAAGAACGAGGUACCCAUAAAAAAAUAAUCAGUUAGGUUAAUAAAGUGCUCUAUAUUCUAUAUCUAUUAAAUACUUUUAAUCCACAUGUCUAUGGAACAUACAUUUUUAUUGUAGUAAAUUAUAGUAAAUAAAUACUAUUUACUUUUUAAAUGUUCAGUUAAUACUUAAAAGUAAAGAUAUUUUUGUUAUGUACAAAUUUGAACUAUUUUUUUUUUUACUUUUUGGAAUCAAAAACGGGGAAUUGAUAAGAACCAGAAUCAUAAUCAAUAAAAUUUAAGUAGUUUGAAAUAAUCUUUAUUCAGUCAGUCAUUACACAUAAUACAGUAAAUAUAAACAAUAUAAACAGCAAAAAAAACAAAUGCAACAGUCUAUGUAUUCAUUAGUGAUUGAACAGGCUCAGGCCUCCUACAUUCUUAUCAAUUUAAGCUGCCCAGCAAAAAAGAAAAGAAAAAUUCUGUAAACCACUCCUUUGAAAACCAAAAGCAAGUUACACUUUUUAAAAGUUAAAUUUAAAUUCAAACAAUAUCCAACUCUACACCUAUUCACUACAAGAGAAUGUUGAUAUAAAAUAUUAAUAAUUUUACAUUUUUUAUGACACAAUCUUACUUUUUUUCAACUUAAUUUUUAUAACAUUGUGACUUGUUAGAUUUCAACUCUACUUGAAUGUUACAGUUUCAUGAAAUUACAACUUAAUUCAUGUACGAUUAUAACUUUUUCCUUGUAUAAUAAUUCUUCUUAUAAUGAUUGAUUAGAGUGAUUCUUUUUUUUCUCAAUUUAUCUUCAAAAUCAUUUUCUCCAUUAACAGUGGCUCUAAUGCUUUUACACUCCACUGUACUGUCGUAAAAUCCCCACUACCUUUGCUAUAGUAGUAUUUUGCAUGUGUGGUUGAAUUCAUCAGGUAUUAAACAUUCUUACAUUUCCACUCCAGUGAUGUUGGAGGAGAAAAAAAAAUCUAAGAUCUUUAUAAUUGACCAAUUAUCAGACACAACACAGCAUAUGGACUCUUCAGCAGACAUUAUUUCUCCUUUUCUUAGCCCAGUGUUUACAUUCUUUCUUUAACUUAGUGCCCAAGUGCCAUCAGAAGAGAAGUCAUGUGGCUGUGGGCUAGUCACAUACAUAUACUGUUAACGCAGACUUUCAGAGAGCUGCCUGAGAACACGACGAUCGUCACGUUCGGAUCACGUAGAAUUUAAUGAAGCACAAUUAUUGCAGCUAAAUGACGGUGCCCAGAUCAUAACACAACACGGUCGAUAUUAUGGCUGUUGCUGUGUACGAGCGCCCACUUCUGGUCAGAUGUCGCUUUGCUUAUUGCAGUUGUAGGUGCAGAGCUGGAGAUGAUGAUGAUGCUGCUAAUUGCCUUGUAAAGCUACCAGUAUGUUGACGUGUUUUCAUUCUAACAUUUAUUAUAGGGAGUUCAGUAUUUUAAUGAAACAGGCUGAUAUAUCAAGAGAAUAUGGUUGAAUGUGACAAAUGAUUUUUAAUUUCUCUCAACCCUUUUACAUGUGUUGGUAUUUGUUUUUCUACCGAACAAUGAAGAGUGGACAUGGUUAAAUAAGAUGGAGGAAGGAAGUACCGCUAUUUGUUAACCAGGAACAUGGACUGUGUCUGACGAACAGGAUUCAAGAAGGUUUCUGUGCAUGUUCUGGUUCUGUGCUGUGAAUGUCAGCAGGAUGUUUGUAGAGAAGAGGCAGUAGGUGGAGUGAAUGUGCAGUGGUGUGACGCUGUGGAGGGUUACCUGUUAAUGAGUGUUGCAGGAAUGAGUCCUAAAACCCGUAAAUGAGUUAGCAGUUUGCACUCCCGGUUCCCUCAUCCCAAAGUCUGUGGGUUUUAUUGAUUAUAGCAGCAAAGUCACUUCAAUUCAAGGACCAGCUGUGGUUUUAUUUGUACAAGGUUUAUGUAUGUCACUAAGGACAAUCCAUUGUGCUUGUCCAGUCUAACAAAUACCUGAAUAUCAAAUAACAGUCUAUGUGGGACCAGUGCUGAAUGUUCAACAACCCUUCAGCUAGGACAGAGCAAUUCAUAAUUUUCUAAGCAACAAUGUCGUUUGACUCUAUGCCCCAGUCGGACAACCACAUCAGGACCUCUACGGGCCUCCACCAGAGUUUCCUCCCUGCCCAGGCAUAGUUCAUCAUCUUUCAGAUCCUUUGAGACACAAGUCCAGCUCAAUGUGUUUUACAAAAAAAAGUCUCUUGGACCACAGAAGUCCACCAUGAUGAAUUUGAUUUAAUGCGCAUGAUGUCAAAACAAAAAAUGCUAGUAUUUUUUUUGAUUUUGGCUUUAUCAAUAUCAGAUUUGGUGAGGAGCCUUGUUGGCCAGAGAUACAUUUUUGUAUUGUAGAUGAGCAAGAUUGGUCCAAAAACAUGGCUGCCAUCAACCAAAACGUUUUCACAAAGGGCGGAGCUUAGAGAAUAUUGGCCGUAAUUCGAAACAUUUGAUCAAACAUUCUGAUCAUCGUAAACCUUGGUACAUGUCUUAAGACUUUGAGCAAUCCUGAUUUACCUCACAGGAGACACCCAUCCCCUGGACAUACGGCUGAGUUACAUUCACAUCCAAUGAAGGGGGGACAGAUGGCGGAACCUUGAGUGUGCAAUGUUGAAUUGCUUUAGGCUUUUUGAUGAUGAAACAAGUGUGCGAUAGGUAUCAAUCAAAUUAGGUGAAGUGACUUUGGCCUGAAAGCGGCUCGUUGCUGCUCGUUGCUUUAAUUUCGAGUGAUUGAGCUGCUUCCUUCUUUUGACCACAAAGUGUUACAACCAUUAUGUUGUCACUUGCAGUUAUAUUUUUAGUAAAGUUCACAAACAGAAAGUCUUUAUUUAGCCAUUUAAUUUAAUAGUCCACCCCUUAACCAAAGCUGCUUAACCUGCCCAAACUAUUUUCAGAUACUUUCUCACAUGAAGAACUGUAAAUAUAAUAUUUUCAUAAGUCAUUUGAUGUUUUCAUACAGAUCUGUGAUUACAUUUAAGACAAUGAGAAGGACCUGUGUAUGUUGUAAGUGAUGAAGGUGGUGGAUGCACCAUUUCCAGACCUUUCCUCUCAAAACAUAGGUGAGGAUGUUGGAGAAUUACCGUGUUGUUAUUACUUCACUGCUUGAGCUAAAGGUUCCUUAAGGUCCAGCAAAUGGCAGUAAGCCUGACACAGAGUGCUUGCAAGACAUUACACUGGCCCAUUCUCCCAAAGAUGCUGCCAGCCCAAUGUUUGUUCCUUGGUAAGCUUGGUAUGGAAAAUUCAUACCUAACUGUCCUAUAGUAGUGGAUGCCUGCAUCAAGAAGCUACAUUUGAAUGAUGAGGCUCAGAGCUGCUUCUUUAGUGUGACGCUGGUGUUUGUGGACACACCUGGGCUGGCCUUAUUCAACCCACAGUUUCCAACUAAUUUGGAGGGAAGCAUCUACUUCUGGGUCUGGGUGCCGUAUCCUCUCAGUUGCAUCUGGAUCACAUGGGAUGCACGGUGGCGUUUGCAUCUAUGACACUGACAGCAGUUGAGAAAGAUGCUCUUGUAGGAGUCUGGGCAGUGGAGAAAUGGAGGACACUGUUUACCGCCCAUCAGGCCCUUACAACACUCGUGUAUGGAUGCAGGAUGGUCUUCUCUCUUUCACUUGUGAUGUUGUGUAUGGUGCUGGAUCAUGGAAUCACGCAGCAGAUUGCUGCACCCAACCCCCCUUUCACCAUGGAUACAGCACCUGAGCUAGUGGCUUUGCUGUCGAUGGCCUCAGUCUCAGAGUCUGUGGGUGAGUUUGAAGGUGCUUCCUCCUCCUGCCCUGAUCUUGCCUCUUCAUGUCAAAACUGUGAAGCCAGUGUUGCGGCCUUGACGUAAAGAUAAGGCAUGAACUGUGUGAAAUUCAGUUUGGUGUUUCGUGGGUCGCACUUGGUUGUGCUUGUCUCUUUGCUCUAGCACAUGAAAGGCCAUCAGGGCAUAGUGGACACAAAACAGUGCUUGUUCUAUCGGCACUGGUUUCCUGGUAUGAAUGCAAAGGUUUCUGAGGCACCACUGCCACCUGUACCUCUAUCUGAGACCCAGUGAAACUGCAACAUGCAGGUUUGCAAUCGCUUUCACUGAUUACUACUGAGAGUGGCAGAAGUUGCAUUCACAUCAUCUGUCACACCUGAAACAGUACUUGAAUUCCUCAGCAGUGUAUACACACCUGGAGUUCUUGGUCACUCAUAAUGGACCACUAUUUACAGCUGCUGCAUUCUCCUCAUUCCUCAAGGAAAGGGGUAUGGCUCAUAUCCACUCCGCUGUGCACCAUCCAUCUGCCAAUGGUGCAAUAGAGGUUCAGAAUCCUCAAAGUUUGCAUCUAAACUGAAAUCCUCCAAAACAAACCAUGGAAAGGUUCAACAACAGAUUUCCUCCAAGCAUAUCAUGCUACACUGCACACCAUGACCAGCAUAUCACCGUUUGAACUGAUGCAUGGCAGCAAGAUAAGAACUAAGCUCAAUGUUCUUCCUCCUCCGAUGGUGACAGGACAUGAUAAUAAGGUAAUUGCAGGGUGCCCCUUCACUAACCCUACAUGAAAACAGUACUGUGACACAAAAUGGGGGCCUUGCACCCCUUCAUACACAGAAGGGGGACAGAGUGGGCCAAAGGGGUAUCAGAAAUUCUCUGUACCCAUCAUGAUCAAAAAGCAGCUGGGUCCUAGCACCUACAUCCUGGAUGGUGGAAAAACACAGCCUGCUUCCCAGUUGGCUUGGGAAGUAGACUUCCCAAACCCUUAGUACUGAAAGAACAGUUGAGCCUGGAACUGCUCAAGAAACCAUAAGCCAUCCUGCCAGAGCACACGACCCACCGGGCUGGCUCAAGGACUAUGAGACUUGAAGAAUAAGAACAAAGGCAACAAGAUGCUACGUUCUGACUGUGAUUUUACUGUUUAAAAGAAUAAAAAAGGAAACUGUCCAAACACAUGAGGUUGCGUCAGUGCAGCAACACAAACGGCUUGGUGUUUCUGCUCAGCUGUUAUAAAGCAGACAAUUUGUGUACUGGGGGGAGAGGAGGGAUACGUGUCAUACAGCCACUGUCUUUGGCGUUACUAACUUUUCAAUUCAAGAUUCUUCAAGAGGUUUGUCUCUUUCUAUAAUGUCUCUGAAAAUGGGCAAAAGGCAGGAAGUGACAUGGUGUUGUGGUUGCAAUUGCUGUAUUUCAUGAUGGAGUAUGUGCCACGCUACAGUCUUUUAAUGUAGAGCAGGUCUCAGCCGUACUCUUUGUAACAUUGAUUACAGACCACCAUGAUGGUGAGAGUGGAAAGAAAAACUUCCUUUAAGAGGCAGAAAGCUAGAGCAGAACCAGGAUCAUGUUGGGCAGCCUUCUGCCUCAACCGGUUGGGAUAAGAUAGAGAGACGGAGUUAGAGAGAGCAGGAAGAAGGAAAACAAUUCAAGUUCCACAUAGUGAUGUGAAGUAAUAAUAAUAAUGAUAAUUGUAAUAGCAGGUGUUGAGCAGGAUCGAAGGGGCAGUAGAUGGUUUUCACAGGAGGAGAGAGGAGGGAGACGAAGAGGCACAGCCUGGAUGCUCAUUUUCCUGAGGGACUUUCUUCUUAUUCUAUUUUCUAAAAUAGUUAAACUGUGUUUAACAUAAAUACUGAGAUACAGUAAAAAGAGUUAAUCUCAUAUAUAAAUAAGUGACACCCAUGUUCAGUCUGGGAGACAGAGAGGUGUAUUUUGGUACAAUAGAUGUGGAAUAUGGUUUCUAAUCAAACACAAGAAAUGCAAACUAGUUUUGUGUAAAGGGGGUCAGUGGAGUGUUACUUCAGUUAAAUACGCCGCCCAUAAACAGAUAUUUUAAAGAGAAUGUCUUCGUCUUGUGUGCAAGAUCAACACAGAAAUCUGUUUCGAUGGAAAAGAUAAAACUGACUGAUCCUUGUUGGUGUAGUGGAAAUGAUUUGUGUUUGCAAGGAAACGUUUGGAUUAUAUCUUAUUAACAAAGGUGUACAAUCAACAGUCACAGUGCUGGAAAAACAUUAGAGAAUGAUCAUGUUCAUAAUUUAUGUCGUUAUUGAUAAAUGUCUCUAAUCUGAUUCAGUAUUUUUAGUUUUCUGUUAUCCUAUAACUUAAAAUCAUAGUUUUACUACAUGUUUUUAAUUAAUUUAAUGGUGGCUGAAAAUGAUGGGAAGUGCAACUUGGAUGAAAGAGGAUUAUGUGAUUUUUGAAAUCCCUCUGAGAACUAGACUGAAUCCCCAAAUAUAUCACACAAGGCCUGCGUCUGUGCUGAAGUACAGUUAGAGUAAGAAGAGAUGCAGCACGUCCAAGCAGAUUUUUGGACACCAACAUGGAGUCAUGCCAAACUACAAGUACAGUUAUUACAUCGACACUCCCCUUUAAUGUGACCAUGAUGUCAUGUGAGCCCAACAAUUAGCAUUUAACUGGCAGAAUGUCACUGUGCCUGAUCAUUAGCAUCGUAAAAGAAGGGCCCACAAGCUGAAAUCAGGGCCUGAACCUGAGUUAGUGAUAAGAAACCGUCCUGUUAUUCGGCUCUUGACUGUGUUGUAACGAGAUGUUUUAAUCUGCAAAUCUGGAAGUAAUAUAUGAAGUGCUAUAUGGAAGUAAAUAUAACAUGAAAAUCAAAUUAUAUUCAGACAUUUUGGACAGUUUCUCCACUGAUACAAAUUUGCGAUGGUGCUGAAUUAAAGAGCUGAUUUUUGUGAUAUGCUAAAGCAACAGUUCAUCUCACAGUGCUGUUAGCUACUCGCUAAGGCUAAAGUCCAUCUCACAGUGCUGUUAGCUACUCGCUAAAGCAACAGUUCAUCUCACAGUGCUGUUAGCUACUCGCUAAGGCUAAAGGCCAUCUCACAGUACUGUUAACUACUUGUUAAAACUAAAGUCCAUCUCACAGUGCUGUUAGCUACUCGCUAAAGCAACAGUUCAUCUCACAGUGCUGUUAGCUACUCGCUAAAGCUAAAGGCCAUCUCACAGUGCUGUUAGCCUCUUGUUAAAACUAAAGUCCAUCUCACAGUGCUGUUAGCUACUCGCUAAAGCAACAGUUCAUCUCACAGUGCUGUUAGCUACUCGCUAAAGCUACAGUCCAUCUCACAGUAUUGUUAGCUAGCUGCAUCGUUAACUUCAGCUUGUAAACCCUGAAACACUCAAGCAAGACUUGUUUGUGGCCUUAACAAGCAAAUUUCAUUUUAUCUCUUGAUAUUAUCACAUAUAUGAAAUGGGUUUAGGACUGGUACUGGUUAUAAACUAGUUAAAAUGUGGGUAACUGUUUACUAGCUUACUUGCAUACAAAGGCUAGGCUACCGGGGUUGGUAUUGUCUGUUAUGCUAGCAGCUAAAUAGCUAACCUUCAUACUACCUAUUGUUACACAAUUAAUGACCUGCUGGUUACAACCAAUAUGUUCAUAGAUAAAACCAGCUGGUGAAAGUUUGUCAUAAAAAUAUCAGAUAGACUGAAUGUGAAUGAUCAGAUUACUAUUUAAUACCUUUGUCAUAUGUAUAGUAAUCAAUGUAAUUUCGUCUUUCUCUUUUAUUAAAUCUCUAUUGAUAUGAUACAGUAUAUAGAUAUUUUUGAUCCGUGUAUGUGAAAGAGAUCUUUUUAUAUCUGCUUGUCAAAGUUGUUGGUAAUUGCCAUGGAAACCAUCUACAAUCAUAUGGCUGGUAUAUCUUACAGUUCGGCCAAGAAGGAAGACACUUUCUACUGCGAGUCAGUUAAUAAAGCAGCUGGUGGGGUUCAGUUCAUUUUCUAUUACUUUCUGUGGCCUCACAGCGGACAGGUACAGAUCAGCUCCAACAACUCACCAGUGCAACAGACAGCAGUUUGGUUUUUCUCAGACAAAGGACUAAGAAGUGGUUGUGAACAAUGUGAUUGCUUGAUCAAACUUGGAAAUAUUUUAAGGAAUAGUUAUGUAUUUAGGAAAAUACACUUAUUUCCUGUCUGUCAGGGGUAAUAUGUGAAGAUUGAAUCUCUUCUGUGCAUUAAACAGAGAGCAGAAGUCAAGUCAUGGUUAGCAUAGCUUAGGCUAACGACUGGAAGGAGGGAGCAACAGCUCUGUCUAGUAAACAAAAAGACACCAAUACCUCUUCAGCAGACCACAUGGUUAGUUUUUAGUGCUGUAACAUGCUUCAACAGUUAUCAUGGACACAAAUUAGUGUAUUUUCCACAAUGCUGCACUGUUUCUUCAAUAUCUUAAGGGACAGAGGAAGAAGUCCAAUAAGAUCCUAAUUGAGCAGUUAAAAAUACAGAAGUGAUUUAAUGAUAAAGUCUUAUUGGACACUCGAUGUAGGGUUAGGUUUGCUUGUUUUUUUUCCUAUCAGAUUUGUAAUCAGUUGAAGACAUGACCUACUAGCUGUUUAUAAUGAUCGACAACAGUAAUGGUUUUCUGUUUCUAUUGCUGUAAAUAGACAUUUGUAUCUUUAUACUCAUCAGUAUAUCUUAUAUGUGAGCCCAGACUGAUCCGUGGGAAAUGUUAAUGUGACAUAGACUAUUAGACAUUUUCAGCGAGGCCUGCAGUCAGUCCACCUACAAUCAAAAUGUUAUCAGACAACAGUGUUAAGUCUGAAGCCGUCUGAUUUUACACUAUGGCCAAGAGGACUGAGUCUCUUCUGUAAUUACACUGAAACUCCAUUUCUAGGUUUCAGUGGAUUGAAUCCAGGCCUCACAUCUGUUUGGUACAAGACUUACUUACAUUUUGAUAGAAAGUGAUUAUAAAAAACUGCUGUCAUGUGAAAACCUUGGACUCUUGUUAAAGCGACACUAUAUAACUUUAUGUAACUUUUUUGUAACUUCUGAGUAGAAGCAACAGCGACCUCUGCAGCCACAGAUGCUAACUGCAGGACGCCAUCUUGCUCUGUGUCAGAGUGGUGGAAGGUACAGGAAGCAGGGUACCUCAAACAGCCAAGAGAACACAUAGCCUAUCACCCACUCACACAACAAACACAAAAUCAUCAUCUCACUACAAAUCAGCAAUUGCACUGUCCAGCCAGUCAGCAGAAGAUAAGGUUUUGUAGCAGUCACCCUCCGAACAUUAGGCAGUGUUAGGAGUUGUGUUACCAGUUGAGUAAAGCGGAUGCAGCUUCGUGCAGCUGCUGCAUGUCCUGCUUCGUUUUCUGUUACUUCCCUCUGUUGGCUGUCUGACCCUCUGUCAGUUUUCUCUUCCUACUUGUAAGGGUCAAUGCUGCGGUAGGAGCUGGUUCCUCCAUCUCCCCCAACAUUGUGGUCUCCUUAUUUUUUAUGUUUUAUGGUGACUGGCAAACUUGACACUUUAUUUUUAUUGCUUGGGAAUCCAACACCAAAUAAUUGUCUUUAAAAGUUACAUAGUCUCGCUUUUACACGUUGUUUCAUAAUCCAUGAUUUCUUUAAUACUGUUUAUUUGUAUAAAUGCAUACCUGGUCAUCCUGAAAGCAACAACUCCUCUUUAGUCCUGUACAGUUUUUUAAGUUUUUUUUUUCUGGAGAUGUUUUCACAGUGAAAGUUGGACCUCAGUUAGAAACCUGUCAAAGUUGCUGAUAGUUGCAGGAAACAUUGAUUCACUAACUCCAUUUUGAAAGUGUAUUUUGUCAGCGUUACAUUUUAACGCCUCUACGUGAAUGUUGACUGGUUUGCAACUGCUUUUCUGCCGUUCAGCUUCACUGUCGCUGAAAUCUGCCAGAAAUGAGUCAGUGGUCAUGACAGUUUUCUGUGAAUGUUGUUGUUCUCUGCAGCUAUCAGUGGAUUAAGACAUGAGAGACACAUGAAAACAUCAGAAUAUUUCAAAACCAUAAGACAAGGGUAAAAAGCAGGGGGGGAAAUGUUAUGUGAUGGUGACAGAGAUUAUCACAAGAUAUAUUCAGUGUGUAUUUAUGAAGUUCAGUAUCUGUGCAGUCACUCUCAGUGGCAAUGUUUACAUGUACACAUAUUGUAUUCCAUUUUACAGUACAUUGAUUUCACUGAUUGCUUAUUUACAACAUGUCAGAGAAGCGUUUAUGGUGCUUCUACACACCAAACUAAAUGAGUUUGGUGUGUUUUCAUAAUCUCCAAUUCUUUUGUCCAUCUCAAUUUGACUGAUGUUUUUUCAGUUUUAUCUCCUUUAUUUCUUGUUAGCUAGCUAAUGCUAAUGCUAGUUAUCAUGCAAGUAACAAAUGUGGGAUCUGAGACCUUAUGUCAAAUGAUGUGCACAUGUAAAAAAUAGCCACUGAGACUGAGUCAUCUCAUCUAUUGUGUGACUGUAACACUUCACAUGAAAACACAGUCCGCUCCCUUUUCCUUCUCCACACACUGGACAUGUGUUGACGACAGAACCGCUGGACUAAACACACUCUUCGGUGUUGACUUGGAUUAUUUCAGUGUGCCAUAAUAUCUAAUACAGUAGGACUAUGUUGACGGAUGACUACAGUGUGGAUGAGACUGAACCGUUACAUUUGGACUGACUCUGCGACAGCGUACUGAAAACGACAGACAUCCUAAAGUUCCUGUUUUCCAGUGGUGUCUCUGUAACAAAAAUAAAAGUUUGAUAUCAA